AGUAGUAGUAGUGAAGAGGACUGGAGGAAUCUCCCAUGGAAUGGCCUACUUGGACACCUUGUUGCAGAGGCGCAGCUCUCUCUCCCACUCCCACUUCAAGCAGCUCCAUUCCCACCUCCUAACCACCGGCCUCUUCCACCUCCGCCCCACCGCCACCACCAAACUCCUCGAACUCAUCGCCAUUUCUCCCUCCGCCGUCGACCUCUCCUACGCCUCCCACAUCUUCCCCUGCAUCCCCUUCCCUUCCACCAACGACUGGAACGCCAUCCUCCGGGGCCUCGCUCAGAGCCCCCACCCCACCAACGCCAUCUCAUGGUUCCGGACCAUGUCACGCGCCGCGCCUAUCAGGGCCGACGCUCUCACGUGCUCCUUCGCUCUCAAGGCCUGCGCACGUGCUUUGGCUCGUUCCGAGGCCGGGCAAAUCCAGUCCCAGGUGGUUCGGUUCGGGUUCGGUGCGGACAUGUUGUUGCAGACUACUCUGCUCGACGUUUACGCGAAAGUUGGCGACAUUGAGUGUGCUCGGAAGGUGUUCGAUGAAAUGGGUAAGAGAGAUAUUGCCUCGUGGAAUGCUUUGAUUAUUGGUUUGGCUCAAGGGAGUCGAUCCACUGAAGCUAUAGAUAUGUUUAAGAGAAUGAGAGAAGAAUUGGGUGGUCUUAAGCCUAAUGAAGUCACUGUUCUGGGUGCUCUCUCGGCAUGUUCGCAGUUGGGGGCUUUCAGAGAAGGAGAAGAGAUUCAUGAGUAUAUAAUGGCGGAGAAGCUUGACAUGAAUGUGAUAGUUUGUAAUGCAGUUGUCGAUAUGUAUGGGAAAUGCGGGUUUGUGGAGAAAGCAUAUGGAGUUUUCAGUAGUAUGAAAUGUAAGAAAAAUCUUGUGACAUGGAAUACAAUGAUCAUGGCAUUUGCUAUGGAUGGCAAUGCUGAUAAAGCGCUCGAGCUUUUCGGGCAAAUGAAGGAAGCCGGUGUGCAACCGGAUGCAGUGUCAUAUCUUGGCGCUUUGUGUGGUUGUAAUCAUGCAGGGCUGGUAGAUGAAGGGGUUAGGCUGUUUUAUUCUAUGGCUGAGUGUGGUUUGGAGCCUAAUGUGAAGCAUUAUGGGAGUGUUGUUGACUUAAUGGGCAGAGCUGGGAGGCUUGAAGAAGCUUAUGAAAUAAUAAACUCGAUGCCCACUUCACCUGAUGUGGUGCUAUGGCAGACUUUGCUAGGUGCUUCCAAGACUUAUGGGAAUGUAGAAAUGGCGGAAAUUGCAUCACAGAAGCUAAUGGAAAUGGGAUCCAGCAGUUGUGGCGAUUUUGUUUUGUUAUCGAAUGUUUAUGCUGCUCAUAAGCGAUGGGACGAUGUAGGGAGGGUUAGGCAGGCUAUGAAGAAAAAGGAUGUGAAGAAGAUACCGGGUUUUAGCUACACAGAAGUCAAAGGUGUUAUUCACAAGUUCGUUAAUGGCGAUCAAAGCCACGAGAAAUGGCGCGAGAUUUAUGCUAAGAUGGAUGAGAUACAGUUGAAAAUGAGAGCCUUUGGCUAUGUGGCUAGUACUAAUAAUGUGUUGCAUGAUAUUGGGGAGGAGGACAAGGAGAAUGCAUUGAGUCAUCAUAGUGAGAAGUUGGCAGUGGCAUUUGGUUUGAUUAGUACAAGUGAGGGAACCCCAAUUCAAGUGAUUAAGAACCUUAGAAUAUGUGGGGAUUGUCAUAUGGUAAUCAAACUCAUUUCGAAGAUUUUUAAGCGGGAAAUUAUUGUGCGUGAUCGAGCACGAUUUCACAGGUUUAAAGAAGGUUUGUGUUCUUGCAAAGAUUAUUGGUGAAAUGUGAUGAAACAGUUCAUGAAGUUUGAGAAGAACAUAUCACUUAAUGGAAAUACAGAGCAUGGUUUAUACUCAACCAAAUUCUCUUUUUUCAUUCACUAGACUUAGGCAACCUUAUAAUUUUCUUCCCUUGAUAUUACAGCUCUGUGUCUUGAUAACCCAAAUCAAAUACAGUGCUUGCGUUGGGAUGUUAGAAAGAAGCUAUCAAACAUAUUUGUCACUUUGGUGUAUCAAUAGAAAUUAUCAAUAAUACUCCUCCUCAACCUAUGUUUUAUAUGGCCAUGGAAUUGUUGCUCACGACUAUUAGUUC